CAUGCUGCUGCUCAUGCUGCUGGUCAUGCUGCUGGUCAUGCUGCUGGUCAUGCUGCUGGUCAUGCUGCUGCUCAUGCUGCUGCUCAUGCUGCUGGUCAUGCUGCUGGUCAUGCUGCUGGUCAUGCUGCUGCUCAUGCUGCUGCUCAUGCUGCUGCUCAUGCUGCUGCUCAUGCUGCUGGUCAUGCUGCUGGUCAUGCUGCUGCUCAUGCUGCUGGUCAUGCUGCUGCUCAUGCUGCUGCUCAUGCUGCUGGUCACGGUGCUGCUCAUGCUGCUGGUCAUGCUGCUGGUCACGGUGCUGGUCAUGCUGCUGGUCAUGCUGCUGGUCAUGCUGCUGGUCACGGUGCUGGUCAUGCUGCUGCUCAUGCUGCUGGUCAUGCUGCUGCUCAUGCUGCUGGUCAUGCUGCUGGUCACGGUGCUGGUCAUGGCAUGACCUUCCUUUUCUAUGGCGUCUGUGGGUUCUGCCUCGCUGGGCCCGGCCUGCUUCCCCUGCACGCCCCCCUGGGUAUCUCCAAGCGAGCGGCUGAGUGCUUUGGAGCAAGGCACUAGUGUCAGUAGUACUGUGCAUGGCAUAUUUGUAGUACCCUAGCCUCCACUCCGCUCUUUUGAUGGGGGGCGCACAGGUGUAAGUAAGUUCCCACGGAUCAAUCGUUACUCAUUAGAGGAAGAGCUGCAGCAUGGUGUUACUCCCGUUAUCGGCAUAAGGAUCAAUCUUGUAAGCACAGAAU